AUGGAAAGCAAAUUCGGGCCGCCCGUGAACCGGGGCAUGACUCAACUUGACCGUCUGUUCUUCCAGAAACGAUUAAAUUUAUUUGUGGCCUACUUCCCUCAACCACAAUAUUUGGGACGGUUUGUCAAGGAAGCUAAGAAUGAUAUUCUCAACAUCCCCAGUGUGAAGCACGUGGUGAAUGUCGACGGAUCUAAGGGUGUGUUACUUCGUGGAGACCUUGAAAAGCCUCUGGAUUUGGCCCCAGCCACCACCGAGCUUCUCACUCUGUUUGGAGCUGAAGUCCGUCCAUACGUAAUGGACUUGGACUACUCAUUUUGGAAAACCGACGAUAUCUUAAGAGCAGUCUUACCAGAAGAUCUACUCGAUGAUGUACCUCUGGGAUAUGCUCAAGCUGGUCAUGUGGCACAUUUGAACCUCCGAGAUGAGUUCAAGCCUUACGGCGAACUCAUCGGCCAGGUGAUUCUCGACAAAAACCCCAAGAUCGAAACCGUGGUCGACAAAAUCAAUACGAUCGAUACGAAAUUUCGUACGUUCCCGAUGAAGUUAUUGGCAGGGAGAGAUGAUUUGAACGUUGAACAACUGGAGAGUGGUUGCCGCUUUCGCUUCGACUUCUCCAAAGUGUAUUGGAACCUGCGCUUGAGUACAGAACACGAUCGCUUAAUUAGUCAAUUCAAGCUGGGAGAAGUUGUUGGCGAUGUUUUUGCCGGUGUGGGUCCAUUUGCUGUGCCUGCGGGUAAGAAAGGUGUUUUCUGCUUGGCUAAUGACUUGAAUCCAGAAUCCUAUAAAUAUUUGGUGGAGAACGUUGAUCUUAAUAAGACUGGAUCUUACGUUAAACCCUUCAACUUGGAUGGCCGUGAUUUUAUCCGUCAGCUGCCGCAGCUCCUUUUGAAUUGGCAACAACAACAGCCAACGGUUAAAGAGAAGAAGGUCACAAAAAAGAGAAAAACUGAAGAUGGCAAGCUGGAAAAAUCUGUUGAAACAUACGAAGUGCCGUUGCCCAAAUACUUUGCCCAUUAUGUCAUGAACUUGCCAGACCUGGCUCUCACUUUCCUUGAUGAAUUUCAAGGAUUAUACGCGGAUGUUGAGGAUAUCGUGAAGGCUGAUCCUCAAUUCAAGUUGCCCAUGAUUCAUUGCCACUGUUUCGAAAAAUACUCACACGAGGAACAACCUGAACCCUCGCAAGAUGAAAUUCAACGGAGAGUACACGCCAAGAUACAAAAGUUGAUCAAUUAUGACCUACCCUACGAGGCUUGCUCAUUCCAUUUGGUGAGAAAGGUCGCCCCGACUAAGCCAAUGUUUUGUGUUCUGUUUAAACUUCCAGAGGAAGUGGCAUUUCGCAAAAGAUCUUAG